AUGGUUUCGCAUGAGUGCUACAACAAAGGCCAUUUAUCCAACAGCAGAGACCUUCAGACCCAUCAGGAAAGGGAAGAGCAUGACAGAGUUGGGUACACAUUACCAGAUCUCAAAGUCUUUUUUAAUACAGAAAGUAGAAGCAGAAGGCAGAAAAGGUUCGUGUCCAGCCCACGCUAUGUGGAGACCAUGCUGGUGGCCGACCAGUCCAUGGCCGAGUUCCACGGCAGCGGGCUCAAGCACUACCUCCUGACGCUGCUCUCAGUGGCGGCCAAGCUCUACAAGCAUCCCAGCAUUCGCAACUCCAUCAGCCUGGUCGUGGUGAAAAUCAUGGUCAUUUACGAGGAGCGGAAGGGGCCCGACAUAUCUUCCAACGCCGCCCUGACUUUGAGGAACUUCUGCAGCUGGCAGAAGCAGCACAACCCGCCCAGCGACCGGCACGCUGAGCACUACGACACAGCGAUCCUCUUCACCAGACAGGACCUCUGCGGUGCCAAGACAUGUGAUACUCUUGGGAUGGCUGAUGUGGGAACAGUUUGUGAUCUAAACCGCAGUUGCUCUAUCAUAGAAGACGACGGUUUGCAGGCUGCCUUUACAACAGCCCACGAGCUAGGCCACGUGUUUAACAUGCCUCAUGAUGAUGCAAAGCAGUGUGCUAGUAUUAAUGGAAUAAGCCGGGAUUUCCACAUGAUGGCAUCUAUGCUUUCCAAUCUGGAUCGAAGCCAGCCUUGGUCUCCAUGUAGUGCCUACAUGAUUACAACAUUUUUGGAUAAUGGUCAUGGUGAGUGUUUAUUGGACAAACCACACAAACCAAUACAGCUUCCUUCUGACUUGCCUGGCACGUUGUAUGAUGCCAACAGGCAGUGCCAGUUUACAUUUGGAGAUGAGUCCAAACACUGCCCCGACGCAGCCAGUACGUGUACGACCUUGUGGUGUACUGGCACUUCUGGAGGACUGCUUGUGUGCCAAACUAAACACUUCCCUUGGGCAGACGGCACCAGUUGUGGAGAAGGGAAAUGGUGCAUGAAUGGCAAGUGUGUGAAUAAAACUGAGAAGAAGCAUUAUGAUACACCAGUGCAUGGCGGCUGGGGCUUGUGGGGGCCCUGGGGCGAGUGCUCCCGGACCUGCGGUGGUGGGGUGCAGUACUCAUUCAGGGAGUGCGACAAUCCCAUCCCCAGGAACGGGGGGAAGUACUGCGAAGGGAAGCGGGUGCAAUACAGAUCGUGCAAUGUCGAGGACUGUCCAGAUAAUGAUGGCAAAACGUUUAGAGAGGAGCAAUGUGAAAAGCACAAUGAGUUUUCCAAGUCCCCCUUUGGAAGUGGACCUGCAGUGGAAUGGACACCAAAGUUUGCUGGUGUCUCUCCAAAGGACAGAUGCAAGCUGGUCUGCCGAGCAAAGGGAACGGGAUAUUUCUUUGUUUUACAGCCAAAGGUUGUGGACGGUACCCCAUGCAGCCCCGAUUCCACCUCGGUCUGCGUCCAGGGGCAAUGCGUGAAGGCUGGCUGUGACCGGAUGAUAGGGUCCAAUAAGAAGUUUGACAAAUGCGGUAUCUGCGGUGGCAAUGGCUCCACUUGUAAGAAAGUCUCUGGCACGUUUGUUAGAGCAAAACCUGGCUAUCACGACGUGGUCACCAUUCCGGCCGGAGCGACCAACAUUGAGGUCAAGCAGCGAAAUCACAGGGGUGCCAGACACGAUGGCAGUUUCCUCGCUAUUAAAGCUGCCGACGGCACGUACAUCCUAAACGGUGAUUACACCCUAUCGACGCUGGAGCAGGACAUCACUUACAAAGGCAGCGUGCUGAGGUACAGCGGCUCCUCCGCCGCCCUGGAGAGGAUCCGCAGCUUCAGCCCUCUGAAGGAGCCUCUGACCGUCCAGGUCCUCACGGUCGGCGACCUGCCCCAGCCUAAGAUCAAGUUCACCUAUUUUGUGAAGAAGCCUGUGCAGCCCGGCUCUGAGAAGGCGCCCAGUAAAAAGAAAGAGUCUUUUAAUGCCAUCCGGGAGAUCAUCUCAUCCGAGUGGGUCAUCGAGGAGUGGGGUGAGUGCUCCAAGUCGUGCGGCUCUGGCUGGCAGCGGCGCUCGGUCGAGUGCCGGGACCUGCGAGGGCAGCCGGCCGCGGACUGCGCCAGGGAGCUGAAGCCCAGCGACGUCCGGCCCUGCGCGGAUGUGCCUUGCCCACAGUGGCAGCUGGGGGACUGGUCGCCUUGUUCCAAGACGUGCGGGAAGGGUUUCAAGAAGAGAUUGUUAAAAUGUAUUUCUUAUGACGGCAGCGUACUGCCACAAGAAAGCUGUGAGCCUUCCAAGAAGCCGAAACACCUGAUAGACUUCUGUAAUGUUACGGACUGCAGUUAAAUAGUAUAAGUUGGGAAAGCUAAAUUUUUUUUUUCCUUCAGAACAAUGCACUGAAAAUAAGAGGGCUAGAGGUAGCGCAUGUGUUUUGCGUAUACAGUUAAUGGGAGGAUCCACUGAGGUGGGACAGUGCAAAUAAUUUUAGUUGGUGUUGCAUCGUAAAAAUAUCCUGCCGACUGCAAAUUUGAUAGGAUAGCAGACCAGUGUCACUAACUCAUCUUCAGCAGAUAGGGCCCUAGGGCAUUAUAAUUUCCUUUUUUAAGUAUGUUACAAAUGAAACAAAACAUAAGCAGUGGCCAAAACAUGUUUAAGCAAACAUUUGGGGGUUGGGUUAUUUUUCCUUUCUUUUGGAUUUGUUUUGUGGUACUGAUCAAGUCCCCAGGUUUUUUUAAGGGGAGGGACAGGGGAGUGGAAAAGAUAGCUUAAAAUAAUUGGUCAGGGCUUACCUACCUCACAAAGGGCAAAAAACAGGAUUAGAAAAGGAGCUUUAACUAUGUCAUUCAUGGCUGCUAUUGUUUCAGAUAAUAGUUUUAUAUAAAAACAAAGCCAUAUUCUCUACCUGUAAAGAGCAAAAAAAUAAUCAAGGACAGUCAGUCAACUCCACAAAUGACUAGAAUGUUAUCUUUUUUAAAGUGUCUUUAUAUCAUCCCGAUGUGCCUGUCCAUUUCUCUCAUCCACUCUGAUGCAGUUGUAGUGACGUAUGUAAUCCAGCGGCUAGAAAGAGUGGAAAUCUUCAUGGAGCAGGUAGUGCCUAUGAGUAGUUGCUCUUUGUGCCUUCUGCAUGACUUCCACUAGCUUUUUUUGAUUCAAACUUGGUCCUACCAUACUGUUACUAGACUCAUGGCAGUGAGGGUUUGAGUCAUGCUUUCACGCUCAGAUCUUUUACCUUAACGCCAGCCAAUAGUAAUUAUUUGCAUUUGGGUAAAAAGAGAUCAAAGAAAUCCCCGCUAUGAAUGGGAAGCUCUCCCGUGCGGCCUCUGAUAGGUUUGUAGUGCUCAAAUCACUGAUAAGGCGGGAAGACAAAGCUGAAGGAUAGCAGGUCCAUCCACAGCAGUACGCCAACAUUUGCAUAAUUAAAGUUUGUGCCAGUCCAUAGACAAUGAGAGAAUAUGGCUUUCCAUAUGUAUAUAGUAAAAUAUAUUACUAUAGAUUUUAUAUACUUUAUAAGUAUUUUCUAUUUCUUUCCCUUCUGGGAAGGGUUAUAAUUUGUAAUAAAUGCAUAUAAUGAGCGUAUUUAUUUUUAUACUUCUUGUCUAAUGUGAUCUUCUAAGUUAUCGCUUUUUUAAAAGGACAUAUAACAAGGAUAGAGUAUUUAUACAGUAUAAUAUGUUACUAGAGGUAAUAAAUGAACCCUAUAAAUUUUG